AACCCGGAAGAAGAGCUAACCUUGACAAGCAGGCAGAACUCAUGUGCUGGUGGCUCUUAAGGAAAGAGACCAUUUAAUAAAUAACAUUUAGAAGGGCAUACUCUAACAGCUGCAAGUAUUUUUCCGGUAGUAAUUGUUUUUCUCCACAUAUAUAUUUUUUGUGAGAAAACUCAAUAUUUUAGCAAGAUGUGAAUGUUUAUCACUUUCCGGAUCAUUUCUGCACUCCCUGUCGUCUGGUUGUCUUCAUGUGGGCAUCGCCUGCUAUCCAGAGAUGAGGACCCCUUUUCUGUUUGUGAGCAGAAGCUGUAAGGCUUUUCACAAACUGCAACAAAGCCCAUUUUUCUCCCCAUUUUCAGCUCUAUCGAGGCAUCAGAGGAUCGCUGUGUUGAGACACUCGAGCAAUCAUUCCUGUGAAGACUACAAACAUUACUACAUAACCACUCCCAUCUUCUAUGUCAACGCUUCUCCUCAUCUAGGACACCUGUACUCAGCUGUGAUAGCUGACUGCUUACACAGGUACAAGCUUCUCCAGGGCUUCAACUCAAAGUUUGCAACAGGCACAGACGAACAUGGCUUGAAAAUCCAACAAGCCGCUGAAGCUGCCGGAAAAGAUCCCUUAACCUUCUGCACGGAUGUGUCUGAGAGAUUCAAACAUCUGUUCAACAGCUGCAACAUAUCGUAUACAGACUACAUAAGAACCACUGAGCAGAGACACCGACGGGCCGUAGAGCAUUUCUGGUCAGUGCUCUGCGACAAAGGGCUCAUCUAUAAGGGGAGUUAUGAAGGCUGGUACUCCACCCAAGAUGAAAGCUUCCUCACGCCGUCGCAGGUGGGCGACGCUUUGGACUCAUCAGGGAAGGAGAUCAAAGUAUCACUGGAGAGUGGCCACAAGGUGGAGUGGAUGAAAGAGGAGAACUACAUGUUCCGUCUGUCUGCGUUUCGGUCUCAGCUGCUCGACUGGCUCAGAGCGAAUCCCCGGGCCGUUCAGCCUGAGCGCUUCUACCACGCUGUCCUCCAGUGGCUGCAGGAGGAGCUUCCCGAUCUCUCCGUCUCCCGCCAGAGAAGCCGCCUUCAGUGGGGCAUCCCGGUCCCGGGUGAUGCUGAACAAACCAUCUAUGUGUGGUUAGAUGCACUGGUGAACUACCUCACAGUAGCUGGCUAUCCAGAUGAACACGACCAAUGGUGGAACACGGCGCACCACAUUGUUGGAAAGGACAUCUUAAAGUUUCAUGCCAUCUACUGGCCAGCUUUUCUUCUUGGGGCUGGACUGCCGCUGCCACAGACAAUAUAUGUGCACUCUCACUGGACAGUAGGGGGGAAGAAGAUGUCUAAAAGUUUGGGUAAUGUGGUGGAUCCUCUCGAACGCUCACAGAUGUUCACAACUGAUGGUAUGAGGUACUUUCUUCUGCGUCAGGGAGUCCCCGACUCAGACUGUGAUUACACAGACGUCAAAGUCAUCAAGCUGCUCAACGCAGAGCUCGCCGACUCUCUCGGUGGUCUGCUGAACCGCUGCACAGCUCCAGCUCUUAACCCGGCUCAGGUCUACCCUUCUUUCUGCCCUCAGUCCUUCCCACGUGAGCAGAAAGGCAGAGCCGUGGUUGAGGACUACCACAUGUUGGAUGCAGUAAGAAACCUCCCGGCCGUGGUGGAGCAGCACUACGAGAACAUGCACGUAUACAAAGCUCUGGAGGCCAUCGCUGCCUGUGUGAGGAAGACCAACGGGUUUGUUCAGCGCCACGCACCUUGGAAGCUGGAUAAGAGGGACAGUGAAGACCAGCGCUGGCUAGACACCAUCAUCCAUGUCUCCCUCGAAUGCCUGCGGAUAUACGGCACGCUCCUCCAGCCAGUGGUGCCAGGGAUUUCUGACAAGCUCUUGUCCAGACUCGGGGUGCGGCCGGGCGAGAGGAGCUGGGCAGAUGUGAACUUCCUGCCAAGGUUUCAGGGAAUGGUCUGUCCCUUUGAAGGGAGAGCGCUAGGAUCGGACUCUGGAGUUCUUUUUAGUCGCUUGGAAAAUCUGAAUUUAGAUAAACAAAAGCCUAAGGAAUCAAAGACAGCAAACACGAAAUGA